CAUCAAGGAAGUGAGGCGGUCACGGGUCAAAAACAAAAAUAACGGCAUGUGAAUUGUUUCUUAUUAAAGGCAUCACCGAUACAAAUUAAAACUGAAGUAGAACUGAACGGCGAAAAAAAAACUAACUGCAAAAUGCGUCGGACGUGUAAAAGAAACCCGUUUUUGAUAUUGUGUGCCCUCAUGUGUGUAUUAGUUGUAGCAAAUUUUUGUGACUUAGUUGUAAGGUAUCAAAUGAACUCGACAGACAAUUCAAUGAAUUUGUCCGACAUCGGCGAUCUGGAAUCUGAACAACUUGCUCAAACAGGUCGCAGACACAGAAAUCUCGAGCAGAUUCACAGAGAAAAUUUGCAUGGCAGCAACGUUCAGCAAAAUGAUGAUUUGAUGUGGAUCCAAGAAAUGAGUGACGUGUAUGAAAGGGCUCCAUUGAUGAACCCGGAUAAGGACGAGUUUGUAAAACAAAACAAUACCUCAGAUGAAUGUAACGAUUUUCAUUCCUCCUUUAAAGAAAAUCUACAAAAAGUUUUGAAUUACUCUUUUAAUGUGCCGGAGAAGUAUUUAAAACUGUUGAAUCUUGAUAGAGUUGGAAUAAAAAGUAUCACCAGUAAGUCUGUGGAUUCGCCAUACCCGAUUCUGGCUUCUGCGUCAUCAUCUAACCAUUAUAAUGAAAUCCAGGGAUUAAUUAGAGAUUAUCAUCAAAAUCUUCUGCCACUUUAUCCAAACAUGAAGUUGAUUCUGUAUGACUUAGGACUGAAUAAAAACCAACUAAAACAAAUGAAAAAAUACUGCAAAUGUGAGAUAAGACAAUUUCCUUUCCACAGUUUUCCAAAUCAUAUUCGCAAUCUGAGUGGCUUUGGAUGGAAACCGCUUAUUAUACAACUUUUGUUGAUAGAAUUUGAUUUUGUCAUGUGGGCAGAUGCUUCCGUGCGGUUCAAUGGCAAACCUCCAAAUAAACUUAUUGAAGGAGCUAAGGAAGUUGGUGUUCAAAUAAUUCCAGGAUGGGGAUCUAUUGCAGUGAGGACCAAUCCACAAACGUUUGCGGCUCUAGGGGAACAAAUGUGUAUGUUUGAUUACCCAGAACUCGAAGCAACAUGGAUGGCGUUCAAAAGGUCCGAGUUUACUCUGACGGCGGUAAUGAAGCCGUGGGUAUCUUGUGCAUUACAAUACGGCUGCAUGGAUUUCGACAAAUCAAAAUCGUAUCUGAGAUGCCCACGAGGCAAAAAGCAAAGACUCGGAUCUUGUCAUAGGUUUGACCAGUCUGUGAUUGGGAUAAUUCUUACAAGACUGUUUAAUCAUAAAUCGCAUCUUUGUCAAUUUAUUGUGAAUGGAAUAGGAUCUAUCAAAAGAGGAGAGUAUGUUAAAUAUUUUCCCAAAUAAAAAAAAAAGAUUUCGGCUUCCGCUGCAAAACACAAGGAAAGCUUAGUAAAACAUGUACAUGUAUUUAAUACUGUUUGUGGUCAUUGCAGAAAACUACACAACUCGCAUUGUAAGCUUAAGAAUUUUCCAAUCUUUGACAUUCAAUCGAGACAAAUAGUUGGAAUAUUGACUUCUUUUAAAGUUAAUAGAAACCAUCGAAAAACAAAACAACUGGGCAUCCUCGUUUCAACAAAGCCACAUAUUGCAGGUGAUUUAACUCUUAGAAUUUGUAGCAAUGCGCAGUUUCUAAAUCAAGAAAUUAGCCUUCUUCAUUUAGAUGAAAAGAAAAUUUUAAUUAAUAUUUGAUAUGUAGUGUUGUU